AUGGGCUCGGCCCACUCCUCCCACUCGUCCGUCUCCACCGACGGCGGGGACGACGACGAGGACGACGAGGAGCCGUCCGCGGCGGCCGUCUCCUCCGCGGGCGCACGCGCGCCGGCGCCGGCGCCCGCUCUGGCGCCGGCGCCGGUCCGCGUGCCCCCGGCGGCGUCCGCGUCCAAGGUGCUGGAGCAGGAGCCCGAGGUGCUGCCGUGCCUCGCCGCCGACUCGCCGCUCUCGCCGCAGCCCUCGGCGGCUGGCACCCCGCGCCUCCUCGCGGGGCCCGGCAUCAAGGUCUGGGACCCCUGCCACGUCCUCCUGCCCCCGCCGCCGCCGUCCCCGUCCCCGCACCCGGGCAGGCAGGCCGACGCCGCUGCCGUCGAGGUCGUGCUGGUCAGCCACGGCGAGUGCGCCGCCGCAAUGCGACCCGACCUCGUCGGCGGCCGAUGGCCGGCCGCCGCGCUCACGGCGCGCGGGGAGCGCCAGGCGCGCGCGCUCGCCGUGUUCCUGCGCUCCCGCGGCGCCAGGCUCGCCGCCGCCUACGCGUCCCCGCUUGACCGCGCGCGCGCCACCGCCGCCCUCGUCUGUCGGGAACUUGAUUUCCCAGAGGAGCAGAUCCAACUGUCUGAUGCUUUGACUGAAAUGAGUCAAGGUCAGUGGGAGGGCUGCCCAAAAUCCGAAAUUUAUACUCCAGAAAUGGUCAAUCUGAUGGAAAGCACCCAACCUGAUUUCUCUGCACCGUCCGGGGAGUCACUCAGACAGGUACAGUUUCGGAUGAUGGAAUUCCUCAACCGGACAGUCCUAAGACUACCAGAAAAGGUGGCAAUGGGGGACACACUGUCACAGCAAAAUGAGUUGAAGGGGUUCUCUCGGCAGAGCUCCAGCAAUUCUGUCCAAGAUGGCCCUCCUUGGGAUUUGCUUUACAGGCUCAACCGACAUAGCCUCCAACGAAAGAAAUAUGGGAAAAGCCGACUCCAGUUCGUCACUUCAGGGGAUAAUGAAGCUGAAGAUGAUUUCUCCCCAAAAGAAGUAAACCAGAGGCAUCUCCUCUAUGAAGGAAGUCUUGGGAGCUCAGUGACCUCCGUUGCUAUUUUCAGCCACGGGGCCCCUAUUCGGUGCCUCAUUGCAGGCCUGCUAGACUGCAAUCCUAUAAUGUCCAAGAGAAUAUGUAUAGACGAUUCCUCGGUUACGGUUCUUGAGCAUUCGCUGAAAACAGGAUGGCAAAUAAAAAGGCUGAAUGAUACUGCACAUCUCAGGCUUCUCUAG